AGAACUUUGUAAGAAAUGUCUUUAACAAGGCUUCUGUUUUGUUUAUUAUCGUUAUAUAUGAGGGUGACGUCUGCGACUGUUCACGGUGAGAGGUAUAUUGGUCCCGUUGUCCGUGUGAUGGGGAUCAUUGGGCAGCAGCAGUGUGUCCGGGAAUGUAGACACAGACCCAAACUUUGUCGUGGAGUCAACUACCGGAAACAGGAACUGCUGUGUGAACUCGUGUCAGUCAUAAACGAAACGGAACCCAAAUCUGACUAUGUUAGAAUUGAACUCGACCAGACUGCGAAUAUCACUGAUGAAUGCCUGGCAUGCUCAAUUGAUGACCUGUGUGUGACGCUCUCCAGUAAUAGAGUCCACUGUAUUAGAGACAAUGACAUUCCAAAUGACUGCACUUCUCUGCACAACAUUAACUGUGGCCUACCUAGUGGACUUUAUACAAUAAAAAUACCAUUCCUAAAUCACGUGACAGUUUUCUGUGACAUGGAGAAAGAUGGCGGUGGCUGGACAGUGUUCCAGAGACGACAAGACGGUUCUGAGGAUUUUUACAGAACAUGGAUAGAGUACAAGAACGGAUUUGGAAAUUUGAGAUCAGAGUUUUGGCUCGGUAAUGACAAACUACACCACCUUCUGAGUCAAGGAACAUAUGAGAUGAGGAUGAACAUGGAGGACUUUGACAACGAGACGCGUUACGUCAAGUACAGUAGUUUUAACGUAGGAAACGAAUCAACCAAGUUCACCUUCACGGUAUCAGGGUUCUCCGGGAACGUUGAAGAUUGUUUUUCGACAUCCACGAACAAUAUGAAGUUUACAACAUGGGACCAGGACACUGAUGUUAUUACACAUAACUGUGGCAUUACAUUGAAGUCUGGAUGGUGGCACAAGGGUUGUACCUGUGCAAAUGUUAACGGCCUCUACUUGGCAGGGAGCAACGAUUUGUUCAAUGUAGGGGUCACCUAUAGGAAAUGGCGUAACGCAUACUAUUCGCUGAAAUCGACUGAACUCAUGGUUAGGCGAGUAAAAUAA